AUGGACCGAUUGAUGCUAAAAGUCAAGCACUUUGUGAGGAUGCCAAGAGCCAUUAACGUCGACAUCUACUGGAAAGUAUGUCAACAUCUCAGACCAAAGCUGCACUCCAAAGCUGCUGGAAGUUUAAACUCCCCCCCCCCCAGUAGUAAGAGAAAUCCAGGACUGGCACUUGGUAUCAAGGAAGAUCAUCCUGGUCUGGGUAUCAGGUAUCGGGGGGGCCCAAAGUGGUAUCAGGUUCAGAAGGCCAAAGCUGAGUAUAAAGGUAUCAGAAGGCCAAAGCUGGGUAUCAGGUAUCAGAAGGCCAAAGCUGGGUAUCAGGAUCAGAAGGUCAAAGCUGGGUAUCAGGUAUCAAAAGGCCAAAGGGGUUAUGGGUAUCAGAAGGCCAAAGCUGGGUAUCAGGUAUCAGAAGGCCAAAGCUGGGUAUCAGGUAUCAAAAGGGCCCAAAGUGGGUAUCAGGUAUCAGAAGGCAAAGCUGGGUAUCAGGUAUCAGAAGGCCAAAGCUGGGUAUCAGGUAUCAGAAGGCCAAAGCUGGGUAUCAGGUAUCAGAAGGCCAAAGCUGAGUAUCAGGUAUCAGAAGGCCAAAGCUGGGUAUCAGGUAUCAGAAGGCCAAAGCUGGGUAUCAGGUAUCAAAGGCCAAAGCUGGGUAUCAGGUAUCAAAAGGCCAAAGCUGGGUAUCAGGUAUCAAAAGGGCCCAAAAAGCUGGGUAUCAGGUAUCAGAAGGCCAAAGCUGGGUAUCAGGUAUCAAAAGGCCAAAAGCUAGGUUCAGGCCAAAGUGGGUAUCAGGUAUCAGAAGGCCAAAGCUGGGUAUCAGGUAUCAGAAGGUCAAAGCUGGGUAUCUGGUAUCAAAAAGGCCAAAGCUGUGUAUCAGGUAUCAGAAGGCAAAGGGGUAUCAGAAGGCAAAGCUGGGUAUCAGGUAUCAGAAGGCCAAGCUGGGUAUCAGGUAUCAGAAGGCCAAAGCUGGGUAUCAGGUAUCAGAAGGCCAAAGCUGUGUAUCAGGUAUCAGAAGGCCUAAGCUUGGUAUCAGAAGGGCCCAAAGCUGGGUAUCAGGUACAGAAGGCCAAAGCUGGGUACCCAGGUUCAGAAGGCCAAAGUAGAAGGCCAAAGCGGGUAUCGAAGGCCCAAAAAGCUGGGUAUCAGGUAUCAGAAGGCCAAAGCUGGGUAUCAGGUAUCAGAAGGCCAAAGCUGGGUAUCAGGUAUCAAAAGGCCCAAAAGCUGUGUAUCAGGUAUCAGAAGGCCAAAAGCGGGUAUCAGAAGGCCAAAGCUGGGUAUCAGGUAUCAGAAGGCCAAAGCGGGUAUCGGGGUAUCAGAAGGCCAAAGCUGGGUAUCAGGUAUCAGAAGGCCAAGCUGAGUAUCAGGUAUCAGAAGGCCAAAGCGGGGUAUCAGGUAUCAGAAGGCCAAAGGCUGGGUAUCAGGUAUCAGAAGGCCAAAGCUGGGUAUCAGGUAUCAGAAGGCCAAAGCUGGGUAUCAGGUAUCAGAAGGCCAAAGCUGGGUAUCAGGUAUCAGAAGGCCAAAGCUGGGUAUCAGGUAUCAGAAGGCCAAAGCUGGGUAUCAGGUAUCAGAAGGCCAAAGCUGGGUAUCAGGUAUCAGAAGGCCAAAGCUGGGUAUCAGGUAUCAAGGCCAAAGCUGUGUAUCAGGUAUCAGAAGGCCAAAGCUGCUGCUUCCCUUCCCACCAACUUUGAUUCCCCUUUCCCUCACGCACACCAGAAGCCGCAGGACAGAGGAGCAUUAAGAGAGAUGCGGAGAAACCAGUGGCAAAGACUUCCUCUAAUAAGCUGA